UUUAUGGGCAAAACCCCAAAAGGGAUUAAUGGAAGUAAAAGUUGUCAGUUUGUCCCGUUUUUUUGGUUCUAAACAAAAAACGAAAACGGCCACCCACUACCGUUUUACCGCUUAAAACGAAAAGCCGUGUUUUCGUUGUUUGGUUUUUACGGUAAAGGGGACUAUCAAAAGGUACACGGACCCUGUACACAUACACACCAAGUGUUUAUCGGCGCUUAAUCUCUGAUACACACCUACACGCAUCGAUAAUGAGCCCUUAAUCGGUUGUGCGUCUCCACUCCGCUUGUUUUCUUUUUUUCUCCUUACGAUUCACGAGCGCCUCGGCAGCAUCCCGCGCCCUCGGCUCGGCUAGAAAUGGGAUGAUAUGGGAUUUUUCAUGUCGACAAAGAUCGGAGGGAUUCUCCUGUUCGCCCUGGUAUUCCCGUCCCUGAUGGUGUCAGGAGACUCAGAUGUGAAGUGUGAGAACAUUUACAAGGACUUUUCUGAUUGUGUCCUGGAGCUGGGAGACAGCAUGGACAACUAUCAGGAGAAUGUGACCAGCGAGAGGGGAGUGGAAGCCGUGUGCAGCCACUGGGAAGCUUUCCAUACAUGUGCCCUCACAGCGCUGUCCGACUGCCAGGAGGAAGUCAGCUCCAUCUGGGAGACUCUGCGGCAGGACUCCAUGAAGAUGCGCUUCCAGGGAAGUCUGUUCGACCUGUGCAGCCCCAGCUCCUCGCCCAGAAUAAGUUCACCUCUCGCUGCCGUUGCCCUGCCCCUGAUAGGCGGGCUGAUCCUGACCAGGCCCAACUGGUUCCCUGUAUAAAUCAGGGCGGGAGGGGAGGGAGUGAUGAAGAUGAUGGCUUCCAAUUCAGUCAGGGUCGGUCCUCCUGAGUUCAGACCUAAGGCCAAGGAUUUAAUAGGGAUAAGUGAAUAGUAACAAUUAUUCUGUGGCUAGCCAAUCAAUCAAUCAUGUUUUAAAUCUCCUCAAGUACUUCAGCUUGAUCCUGUAGUUGAGAAAACUAUUUACCAGGCAGACUAAAGCAAACAAGCCAAGUAUUGAAGGGAUUUCAGAUACAAACAGCCAGACACCUGCGGAUCUGGAUAAGCAAUAUACAAGGAGUGGACAGAUUGUCAUGAUCUGCGGUACAAUCUAAUGCAAUGAAUACUAGAUUUAUGAACUUUAUCAGGUUUGGUUUGAUGGAUUCAACUGAGGUCAGCUAAAAUAACUGAGUUUUUUUAAGCAGUAUUUUAGAGGUUUAGGCUUUCAUCAUAUUCUGAGACAUGUGUUAAUGUGUUGCCACUCCCUGUACGGGUUGAUGAUGGUCAAAGGAAUAGUUUGAGAUUUUGGGAGUUGGCUAAGCAGAUCUAUACCACUCGCACACACUAAAUGUAGAGAUACUGUCGGUAAAGCCCAUUAGCUUAGCUUAGCACAUAACUGCUGUAGCUGCUUCGAGCUUUGAAACAGUUUGACACUUUUGUACGAAUUAAUCAAACAACGUUUUUAUUAGUGAGCUAUAGGCAUAAUUGGAGGGUGGGUUUUGUCACCCUUGGACGUAGCUAAGCGCUCUGUUUCCUCGUCCUUUAGCUACACCAAGUCAACUGGAUGUUGGCUGUAGCUUUACAUUUGGUGUAUAUACGUGAGAGUGGUAUUGAUCACAUUACGACCCGACAAGAAUGACAAUUUAAGCAAUUUCAUUCCAUUACGACCCGACAAGAAUGACAAUUUAAGCAAUUUCAUUCAGCGAAUUUGUAUAAAUUAUCACAUUGUGAUUGCAUUAAAGGAGCACUUCAACAAAAAUAACAACAAAUUUUAGCAAAUAUUUGCUUUACUAAGAAAAAAUGUGAAUAUGUUGUCAGCUUAUUAAUCAGUGAAAGGACCAAAUCGUAAGAAACAGGACCAGGCAUUUAUAUGACAGACUUAAUUACACUAAGACGAGCAGCUAAACAAAAUUCAGCUGUAUUUUAGGGGGGAUGCCCCUUUAAUCCAUUGCCAAGUGUAAUAAAUGUUUGUGAAAGUGACAAUCAACACUUUGCCCCCCUAACACUUCGGCCUAUUGUGGUUGAUGUUGCAUGGCUGCUAUAAAGACACCAAAAACGACAUCCUGACAAGACCUCAUGAAUUCAGUUCCUCCUCUUUGCUCUCUGAGCCUCGUCCCUAACUUUGGUUCAGUAUUAUGAUCGAUCAAACUUCUGACCUGUCAAUGUUUGUGUAGAAAAGGAAAUCUUAAUUGUGAAUGUUCAGUGUUUUUUCAUUAAUAACUGCUCCACUUUGUGUGAACAUGCUCGCUUGCAACAAUAUUACUAAAACCCAAAUAAACUCAGUAUUUCAUACAGUAUCCAUACAGACAACACAGGGGUGUAAUAUAUUACAGAUUGUCAAAGACUAAUCAUUUAGAAUAGAACUAGAAUAAUUUAAUACAAUUUUUAACAAUUACAAAUAAUAUAAAGUCAAAUGAUAUGCAAAAGCUAAACAUUAUUUUUGUAAAAAAUAAAUCGUUAUUGUUUAUCAAUUUUAUUUAAAGUUAUGAUUGACUCAUGAAUGCAUUGCAUAAUUAUGAUAUCAAGCAAAACAGAUUAACGGUGCUGCUCAGUUCAUCUGUUUCAUGCUUUUAAUCAAUCUUGUUUGGAGAAAUGCAGGUUUGAGAUUAAGCUUCAAAAGUAGCCACAAAGACUCUCAACAGAAAUUACUAUUACAGAAUCAAUAUAUUGGGCUUCAUUCCCCCUCAUUUCACACAUUAAGUCAUAAGCCAUGGUGAGAUAUUACUAAUUAUAAAGGUUGUUCAAUCACUAUGGAUCAGUAUUUAGGUUACGUUUUCAUCAAAGAACCUGGUGUUUUCUGUACUUAUACUGCAGUGUUUACCUCGAUUCAGAGCAAACUGAAAAUUAAUGAGUGAAAGCAUUGAUUUGUUUUGUUUUUCUAAAACUGUGUCACAAUUUGCAUAUUUCCUUAUAUUCUGGUCCUCAUGGGCCUUAUCUCUUUGAUCCCAAAUGCAUGAAAAUGUUAAUGACAGUGCUUCAAAAUACUGAAAACAAUGUUUUCACCUUGGACAACAUGUGUGGUGUAUUGAUCUGUGCAUGCAGUUAGGCUAUAGUUCCUCAGAGUAUCUGCAUCCUUUUUAUGCAGAUUCAUCCCCCGCCCACCUUCCUUAGCAUGUUUGUUCUAGUUGUUUCUAUUUAUGUCAUGCUGGCAUUAUGUCAUCCAUUGUGUGUCUGGUGGUGAGAAUACAAAAACAGCUGCGAUAUCCUCAAAGCAUGAGCAAUAUGUACAAUCACUUCUUAGAGAAAUGACUCGCAUCCCUCUCUAGGCUGUUGAAAAAAGCAUGAAAAUGAUUAUAAUAAUAUCAUACCAUAAGAAAUUAACCCUACCGACUGUUUAAACACGGAAAGAACUUUAGAAUGUAAAAGAAAUAUUGUUUUUCUUCAGUUUACUAAUAAAAUAGCACAUUUUCAAGACUGUAUAAAGCAAUAUAUGGCAAAGUAAUGUGAUUGUAAUAAUAAAGCGCCAUGUUUAAAACAUA